UCCAGAAACCGCAAGCCUCCGCCCGAUGGCUUCGAAGACAUCGAAGACACGCUGCUCGAAUUCUCCAACAAGCUCAAGGACGCCGAGAAUGCCUCGCACGAGGGAAAGAAGAAGCACGAGAUGCGAGAGAUGGAGGCCUGCGCAACUCCCACCGAGUGCACCACGAGUGCUGACUCUGCUCACCAGGCUNCCAAAUACAUUUACGACCUCUACUACGAGAAAGAAGCCAUCUCCAAGCAGCUAUACGAGUGGCUGCUGAAGAACAACUAUGCCGACAAGAACCUGAUCGCAAAGUGGAAGAAGCAGGGCUACGAAAAGCUCUGUUGUCUCCGAUGCAUCCAGACCAAGGAAACCAACUUCAACAGCACUUGUAUCUGUCGCGUGCCUCGCAAGCAGCUCAAGGAGGACCAGGUCAUUCAGUGCGUCAACUGCGGAUGCAGAGGAUGCGGAAGCAGCGAC